GAGCGGAGUUGGACCCGGGGCGGAGCGGGGACUCCGUGCCCCCAGGGAACGGCCACCGCCGCUGGACCGCAGCCAGAUCCGCAUCCCUGCAGCCUGUCGCUGCCUCCCGUCGGGGACCGCGGAUCUCUCCUGCUGCGCCGGGGUCGCCCUCGGCUAACCCCUCUGCCACCAUGAGGAACAUCUUCAAGAGGAACCAGGAGCCCAUUGUGGCUCCGGCCACCACCACUGCCACAAUGCCCCUUGUGCCCGCAGCACCUGCCGACAACUCUACAGAGAGCACGGGUACCGGGGAGAGCCAAGAAGACAUGUUCGCCAAGCUGAAGGAGAAAUUCUUCAACGAGAUCAACAAGAUCCCCUUGCCCCCCUGGGCUCUGAUCGCCAUGGCUGUGGUUGCCGGCCUCUUGCUGCUCACCUGCUGCUUCUGCAUCUGUAAGAAGUGCUGCUGCAAGAAGAAGAAGAACAAGAAGGAGAAGGGCAAAGGCAUGAAGAAUGCCAUGAACAUGAAGGACAUGAAAGGGGGCCAGGACGAUGACGAUGCAGAGACAGGCCUGACUGAAGGAGAAGGUGAAGGCGAGGAGGAGAAAGAGCCAGAGAACCUGGGCAAACUGCAGUUUUCUCUGGACUAUGAUUUUCAGGCCAACCAGCUCACCGUGGGUGUCCUCCAGGCUGCUGAACUCCCUGCCUUGGACAUGGGUGGCACGUCAGACCCUUAUGUCAAAGUCUUCCUCCUCCCAGACAAGAAGAAGAAAUAUGAGACCAAGGUGCACCGGAAGACACUGAACCCAGCCUUUAAUGAGACUUUCACUUUCAAGGUUCCAUACCAGGAGUUGGGAGGCAAAACCCUGGUGAUGGCCAUCUAUGACUUUGACCGCUUCUCUAAGCAUGACAUUAUCGGGGAGGUGAAGGUGCCCAUGAACACGGUGGACCUUGGCCAGCCCAUUGAGGAAUGGAGAGACCUACAAGGAGGAGAGAAGGAAGAGCCAGAGAAGCUGGGUGACAUCUGUACCUCCUUGCGCUAUGUGCCCACUGCUGGGAAGCUCACCGUCUGUAUCCUGGAGGCCAAGAACCUGAAGAAGAUGGAUGUAGGGGGCCUUUCAGACCCCUACGUGAAGAUUCACCUGAUGCAGAAUGGCAAGAGACUCAAGAAGAAGAAGACGACGGUGAAGAAGAAGACCCUGAACCCCUACUUCAACGAGUCCUUCAGCUUCGAGAUCCCCUUUGAGCAGAUCCAGAAAGUCCAGGUGGUCGUCACCGUGCUAGACUACGACAAGCUGGGUAAGAAUGAAGCCAUCGGGAAGAUCUUCGUAGGCAGCAAUGCCACAGGCACGGAGCUGAGGCACUGGUCUGACAUGCUGGCCAACCCUCGGAGGCCCAUCGCCCAGUGGCACUCUCUUAAGCCCGAGGAAGAAGUGGAUGCUCUUCUGGGCAAGAACAAGUAGGCAACAGGCUGGGGCCGUGCCCCCGAGGACACUGACAAGAUCCAGAGCUAUCAAUACCUCAGUUACGCGACCUUAGAGGUUUCUCCAUUUGUUUGCGGUGUGUUCUGUUUUUCCUUCCUUCUUUCUCUUUUUAAAGACCAACUUCCUUUUGGUGGCUGUGUGAAGGGAGUCCCCUAAGACGUGAAAGAGAAGCCUGGCUCUGUUAUUGUCCCAGGAGCUGCCCUUGUUGCAUGCCCUAUCACGGUUUCCCUCACCCCACUCAGGGCCCUCUACUGUCAGAGAGUUGAAGCACUUCCUGCUUUUCCUGGGUUUUGGACCAACAAAAUGGCAAGAACAUUCUGUUUCUUGACUGUGAGGGCAACAUAGUGGCCAGCAUUGUGUGUGUGUGUGUGUGUGUGUGUGUGUGUGUGUGUGUGUGUGUGUGUGUGUACAUGUGCCCAUCCAUCCCUACCCGCCUCUGUUUUGAACAUCUCUCUUCAUUUCUGGAAUGAGCCAUGGACUAUGAAGCCGUGUGAGAGGAGAAAGUCUUCAGGGACUCCAAAGGUGAAGAAAGCCCACUGCCUAACUGGUCAGAGGCCAGAGCUCUCACAGUCCUUGCGAAUGGUCAUGUGGAAGGCGGCAAGAUGUCAUACUGGAUGUGUUCAGAACUAGGACCAAAAAAUCAUGGACUCCCUCUUGUCACAGCUUCCCCCCAGGAGUGGGGUUUGGGGGACAUUCAUGGAAAUAAACUAUUCACUAGACUUGUCAGACUCUACUAGGGACUGCCAGCCCCAGGACAUCGCUCUUGUUGACAACGUCAAACUUGGAAGAAACAGAAGUCCCAUUUCUCAGAAAGCCUAAAAUGAAGCUCCCGGAUCUCUGCCCCGUCCAGUGGGAAGCCAACACUUCCUUCCUCUGCAGAGAACAAGCAGCGCGUUCAUUUGCAUUCAUACACCAUCUGGCUUUUGCCUCUGUUUCCCUUUUUGUACCAUCUGAAGACAAGUGCUUUGCACAGAGCCAGAGGCCUGUUAGAGGGAUGCUUGGGUGCUUAGUCCCCUGAGGUCCAGGUAAGGAGGAGGUGUCAAAGGGAGCACGGGUGGACAGAGAUGAGCUAGACGGUGCAGAGCUCCUCACAGCUCCCAUCCCGAGCCUCUGGACUCUUUGACCCUCAGAGAUGGUAGCUGGAGAGGCCCCGUCCUUCCAUCCCUUAGAGACAGUUUUCUCUGAAUGCCGGGAAACCCAGGGCAUUCAUUUCAAAUGGGUGGUAGAGAAAGCGUGCUAAGGUUUGUGCCCUGUGUUCAGUUUGUGUCUCCUUCCCUGUCCCCUGCUUGUCCCCAGCACUGAUAAAAAGCCAUAUACAUGUUAGUCAGGCUUGCACUAAGUUCCCUUUCCCAACCUGCAGCCUGGCAGGGGCUUAGCUCCAUGUGGCCAGAGGCUGCUCCUCUCCCUCGGUCUUGUAUUUGUUCUUGAACCUCUCAGGCCCUUGUUCUCUUACCACAGAAAAGACACAGCUCUCCUGAAGGGGAACAUGCUCUUCCACAGCCAAUGUGGCAGGACUUCUGCUCGGUCCCACCUGGGCCCUUCUGCUUCUUGUAGGUCUCAGAGAUGGAUGGUGUUGUAGAGUUUGCCUUUGAGAACCCAGCAAGGAGAAAUGCAGUGUUUUAGUGAAAAUGAGGGGUUAUGUGGGUUUGCUUUGUUUUGUUUUUGUUUUUGUUUUUUUUGUUUGUUUGUUUGUUUGUUUUUUUUUUAUUUAAGUAGGAAGUGAGGUAAUACUUCUACCAGAAACAGACUGUGAAGUAGGUUUGACCUGCCUCUCUUUUAGAGGCCCUUCUGCUAUUGGCCUGUGGUACACGGGAACUUGUGUAUUUUAUAAUUCUUUGUGUGUUUAUGCUAAACAUUGAGAAAGGAGGAGGACUCUGAUAGGAUUAUGGGCUGUAGUCCUUGGGACCAGAGUUCUGGUCAUGGUAGAAAAUUGUUGGGCCAUCGGGUACACUCAGAGUUCAGGUAGUUGGAGAGUACCGGGGUUCUGGAAUGGACAUCUGAUGUCACUGGAUUCUUAUCUGUGGAAUUUUGGUGCUUUCCCGGUCCCUCCCCACACUGGCUCUUCUCACCCACAUUCCAUGAAUCCCAUUCACAGAAACUCCCCAGUCAACCUUAGCCUUUCUGUGUUCUUCCAGCCUCUCCCAGUCACCUGUAAACUCCUCGGGUCCUCUCCUGGAAACCAUACUCAGCCCUUCCACAGACCACAGUCCUACUGCGCUGCUGACAGAGGGAAGGGAGGAAUGGUGGGUGCCUCUGUGGUUUGAAUGUCCCUGGGCUUAGAGACAGGCUAGAGCCCAUUACUGUGGGCAGCCUGCCAGGGCUUUUUGACUCUGAUCACUAGUUUGGAGCCAGCAUGGAUGCUGGGAGUGGUUCUCCUCAGGCUUAGGGCUGGUCCCAGACUAGCCACCCAAGCAGAUGGCACCUGUCCAGGUCCAGGGGCCAGGCAGGAACAUGUUGAAGCAUAAGUUUUCUGUACUGGGGGUUGGGGAGGGCUGAUAUGACCCAAACUCCAGCAUGGCAUUCCAAACCUUCACUGCCACAGGGGUUUAUUUCUGGGGAUGCCAGGGUCCUGGGAUAUCAAGACUAAGCAGAGACAGUCAAUGUUUCUGGCUGGUGAGGGAUUCUGGAUACUUCUGAGGAUAGAAGUUUUUAUCCCAAAGAGAGGAAAGUAUUUAUGAGAGGGGUUUGUUUGUUUUGUUUUUAAAGAGAGCUUAAGACCAUGAAUACCCAAACUCCACUGAGGAUCUGGGGGCACACGCUCUCCCUGAAUGAAGAAAAGCAACCUCUGCAGUGCUGGCCAGUUUUGCAACAAAGGCUGAGGCCUGGGGACUAGGGAGCUCCCAGCCAAGCAGGCGCUUAAGAUGAGCAGGGCGAGGCCCAGCCAGAGACCUUGGUCUUCCCAGGAAGAUAACACACUGAUUUGUUUCUGUAGAAGUGGUUCUUGGUGAUUUUGCUGGCCCACGAUUUAAUGAGGGAUGAGGGAGGUUUUUUACCACAGGCCUCUAGGUAAAGGUAGCUUUUAUAAACACGCCUCCAUGCUGGACGUAGGGGUGGGCAAUGCUAGCACAGAGGAAGGAAUCCCUCCUUCAUUUAAUGUCAUGUCAGUUCUUGAGAAUCCCAGGUCUCUCAACCCUGCCUGUCCUUGAGGGUGUACAUAGCAGCAGUCUUCCUGAAGGUAGGAAGGGAUCGAACUUUCCCCAUCCUGCUCACUGGCCCACAGGCUUUGUGUCCCUCUCACUGCAGGCUGCUUGGGUUCUUUUCUCAGAGCCAGUGGGUAGCAGCAGGUGGCCCACAGCCCCAUAAUGGCUGCCAGAUUUGGCAAAUACAAAUACAGGAUACUUGGCUAAACUUGAAUUUCAGAUAAGCAAAUAAUUUUGAAGCAUAAGGAUGUCCUAUGCAGUAUUUGAGACAUACUGUACCACAAAGUGAUUCAUUGUUUAAUGUGAAAUUUAAGUUUAAUUGGCUAAUCCUGUAUUGUGUCUGGCAAACGUACCCUCUGGCUCCUCCAUCCCUCUUUUCUUCAGUCCCAGGGGCCAGAGGCUGGUUACCACAGUUUUGAUUUAACCUGUUUUUUGAACUGCAAUAUUGAGAAGGGGACACUGUGACUUGAAGAUACAUGAAUAUACUUUAUUUUUGAAGUAACAACAAAACAGGAACCUUCUGAAGCCAUUGAGCCUCACUGGACCCCCCUCCCCAUGUUCAUUUAGUUAUAUAUUAUAAAAGAAGAUGCUAUCUAUAAACAUACGAGCAGAAUCUUGUUUAAUCAAGAUGCAUGUCUACAAUUCUGUAAAUAGCCGCAUGGCACUGCUGAGAGCCCUUGAUCUCCCAAUCCCAGACCCGUUUUACAGAACUGGCUGCUCCUUGAUAUUCUGUUGUGUAAAGUCUUUGUCUUCACCUCCCCUACAGUGAAUGUCCACAGUGGGAGAUAAUGUUCUGGCCCCGGUGCCAGCCCUGCCUAGGGACGAUGCUGAAGAACACUGGCCCUGAAGGCAGGUCUGCUGCAUGUCUACAGGGCUAACCCUUGGGGCACAGUGCACUGUCUAGCCUGGCGUCUGUUGUCCUGUUGCUUCUGUGUUCCAUGUGUUGAUGUGAUUCCUUUCUUCCCACUGUCUUGAAUAAACUGAAAAGCCAUAAAGGGGCCUCCUACUGAAGGGUGCCCUCGACUCCUUCCAGGAGCCCCCCCAUCCCCCUAACUGGCUCCCCAUAGAACACUUGUGAAGGGCUCACCUGUCCGUCACCCUCCCCUAGCCCUGUGUUGUGAGGACAGUUGGUGUUUCAGGGCUUCUGGUGGGGUCUCAGGAGAUGCCCCUGGCUGGCUUUUGUGGCCUGAGUCUGAUGGUGGGACUCUACUCUGAGCAUAGGCAGGGCGGUGGUUGUGACUCUGAGGCUUGGAUAUCCUCUUAGAGGCCUGGAGGCAACCGAGGUUUUCAGAAGCAGUGAGCAGCCCAGCCUACAGUCAGGUUCUUGGUGGCGGCCUGGGAUGAACACGGCCAGCCCUCCCUACUUUUCCCUGAGCUGUCAGGGCCCUCAGAAAGCAGUGGAGGAGUGGCCCGUGGGAAAACCUGGAAUCACAGUCGUUACUCUCCACCCUCUCUCUCUUUUGGCUGGUGGUGCCACAGAGCAGGGUGCCCUGAGAACAAGGUGGUAGGUGUGGUGAUAAGGGGUCACUCACGACUGAGGACCACUAGGCUCUGACUCACAUCAGCUUCCAGGACAGCUUGAGCAGGCAUGGCAAGUAGUGAGUGUAGGGGUAGACAGGGCUGGAGCAGCUUGGGCACCCCACAGGACUCCCCAGAAGCCAGUCAUAUGUUACUAAUCCAGGGAACCUCAGGCAGAUUUGGGCAAGUGUAUUGGACAAGGCCAGGGGCAACAAGGUGGGGUCGGCUGGACAUCUCCAGUCUCCACAGAAACUGAAACUGGGAACUGUGAAAGCAGACUCUGGCAAGGGAGCCGUGUGUGGGCCUCAGUUUCACCCUCAGCUUUCCUCAGCAGCCAGGAGAUCAGGGAAAGGGCCUGGAAGCCCAAAGGUUCUGCCCUAACUCCCGCUCAUCAAAGGAUUUGCUUUCUGAAAACCUUGGGUCCAGAAACUUUCCAAACCAGGGCAGAAGCUGAGCGUGCCGUGUUCCCCCUGGAAUACACUGGCCCCACCAGUCUUCCUAAGAGCCCUCCCUGUCUUCCUCAGAAGGACACGUGUAGCCCUCCCCUCCCCACUCUGCUUGGCAAGGCUCUCUCCGUUCCCUUACGUGGACUCUGUUGUUGUCUAAUCUCUUGUCAAAUUGUUAUUUUGUAAUGAGCUGCGUCUCCUUAUUAAAGAAAAGAGCUG